AGCAAAGCAGGGCCUCUGGUUGAAUUUCUUGAAUGGACUUCUACAGGUUGAAUAGAAUUUGAUUUGAUUUUGAAUUUUUUGAAUGGACUUCUACAGGUUGAAUGGAAUUUGAUUCAGAACAGCUGCCAUACACAUUGUGCGAACCAAUCAGAAUGGAAAUAAAGGGCAUGUGUACUUUGUGUCCAUCAAAAUAUAUUAGUGAGGAACACUGCAAUUACUUCAAGUUCGUAGAUGAUGAUGACUACGACGUGAUCUCCAAUGUUGCACCUCGUACAUCUAUAAGAAGCGAAGAAUUUAACGAUCCAAGCACAAGGGUUUAUGAGAUGGAUAAUGAAUUUCAAGAGCAUGCUAGAAGGCUUCGAAGGAUGGAGAAGAAAUUGAAUGUCGUGCUUUAUGUCAUUCUGUUGGGGAAUUUGAUGGAUGUACUUAUUGAUGGAAUGGAUUUUAUGGAUGUUGAAUUUCUUGUUGAAGUUCUUGUUGAAUUUCUUGAAUGGACUUCUAUGGAUUGA